AUGACCACUAUUAACUCAAAUGAUUCGUUGCUCGCACGUGGUUAUCGCUCUGGUGUUGGCCACCAUCCAAGUUACGGCUCCAACGGUUUUGGUUCAACAGGUUAUCCAUUUGGUUCGAGUCCAUACUAUGGUGGCUACUAUGGGUACGGUGGAGGAGGAGGUGGACUUCUUUCGAUGUUUGGAGGUCUUCUUGGUUUUCGACAGCCGUAUUACUCGUCGCCAUCGUACUACUAUUCCAACUAUCAAACGUCACCGUACUAUUCCUAUUAUCAGCCGUCCUCAUACUCUUAUAAUCAACCAGCAUACUUCCAGAGAGCAGCAUAUACGUGCGAAGGCGGACCUGUUGCACAUUGUCGAGCUGACGGUACUCGGAUCCCUCGAUGGGUAGUUUGCCCGAGAUAUCACGUCUCACAGGCUGCGGAGAAGUACCGGGUGGAUGGGUUCUGCGCGAACUCUCGCUGUGGAUCGAGAAGGUUGAACAAAGGCCACGGACGAUAUGCACCGACAGAGGAGCGGAAACCCGCAUAG